AUGCGUCUUCCGGGCCUGCCUCCGACUAGCUUUGUGCCCCCUUCUCUCCUUCUCCAGCUGUUCAUGUGGUGUUCCGCAGAGUCCCUGUUUUCUGUGGAGGGUCCCCUGGAACCUGUCGUGGUCUCCCUGGGGGAAGACGCCUCUCUCCCCUGCCAGCUGCUGCCUGAGCAGAGUGCCGCCCACAUGCACAUCCGGUGGUACCGAGGCCAGCUCUCCCCGGCGGUGCUGGUGUUCCAGGAUGGACAGGAGCACAGUGAUGAGCAGAUGCUGGAGUACCGCGGCAGGACCCAGUUGGUGGCCAAUGCCAUCAACAAGGGGAGUGUGACGCUGCUGAUACAGCAUGUCAGGGCCUCUGAUGCUGGCCAGUACUGGUGUCAUUUUAGAGAUGGGGACGUCUUCCAAGAGGCCAUCGUGGAGCUGAAUGUCAUAGGUUUGGGCUCUAUCCCUCGUGUUCACAUGACGGGGCCUGAGGAAGGGGGCAUCCGAGUGCUCUGCUCGUCUGGUGGCUGGUUCCCCAAACCAACAGUGCAAUGGAGAGACAAGGCUGGAGGGAAGCUCUCAUCACUUCCUGAGUCUCAAACGCAAGACAGUGAUGGGCUCUUCUCUGUGGAGUCAUCUAUCAUAGUCAAGGACAGCUCCCUGGGCAAUGUGACCUGUGCCAUUCAGAAUUCCCUCUCUGGCCAGGAGAGAGCGUCAGCCAUCUUCCUCCCAGAGCCCUUCUUCCCCAGGAUGUCUCCGUGGAAAGUAGCGCUAGCCUGGACCUUCCCAGUGCUGAGUCUCCUCCUUAUUGGGAUCAGCUACAUUGGCUGGAGAGAACACCAAGCCAAGGAGCUGGAAAUAAAGAAGACAAAAGUUGAAUCUGAGGAGAGAGAUCAAGCGAAGAAGGAAAAGGAAGAGGCGUGUAAGGCCAGAGAAGACCUCCAGGAAGAGCUCAAGAAGCGAAAAGACCUGUACAAAGAAGAUUGGAAGAAGGCCCUGCUGUAUCCUGACUGGAGGAAGGAACUGUUUACGCCUGCUUCUGUGACUAUACAUCAUGAAACGCCUAACAAGAGUAAUUCUGGUGCAGAAGGAAAGGAGAAGCACAAAGACAAGUCACAGAAUCCAUCUGCCAGUGACCAGCCAGGAGAUGACAACCUCAUUACGGUGGAUAAGAAAUGUUUCACAAAGGGGAGAUACUAUUGGGAGGUGGACCUUGGGGGUAUUGAUCAGUGGACACUAGGCAUAUUUGAUGAUUGUACAAUUGGAAAUCCACCCAUCAGAGAAACAUCAAAGAAAAAAUUCAGAGUCUUAGAGAAGCAGGGAGCUAGAUACCGGGUUCUUUGCUAUACUCCCCAAGACACUUUUCUGGACGAGACUCUUAAAAUAGAAAAUAGUCCACAAAAGAUUGUGAUUUUCUUAGAUUAUGAAGACAAUGAUGUUUCUUUUUAUGAUAUAAAUAGCGGUGACCAUAUCUAUUCCUUCACCAAAUCUAGCUUCUCUGGACAAGUCUAUCCUUACUUCUCCCUUUCUGCACAAUCCUCCAAGUGACUUACAGGAAGUACUCUGACCCCAGGUGCUCAGGACUCCAUUCAUGAUGCGUGGCCUCAGCCACCAUGAGUGUGCGUGUCACAGAGCAACUCCAUUUCACGAGGACUCAUGACCUGGGAUUACCAUGUAAAAAGUGGUGCUUCUCAAGCAGAGAAGCAUCAGGGCCCUUGGUUUUUCAUUAUUGUAAAUGUUAAUUCUCAUUAUUUUAUUUUCAAUAUGUCCCAUACUUUAAUUUUCUAGAAUGAAUGACUGCAAAACUGGCAUGAGUGAAAACAAAGGUUUGUGAUUAUAAAGAAGUGGCAAUUAUGUUAGUAUCAGAUUCAACAUAAGCAAAUUGUCAGCUGGCUCUGUCAUUUUUUUUCUAACGUUCUCUCUUUGCUUGUUUAAU